UCUAUGAAACGCGCCUCCUUUGUUUCCUUCUUCUCCCAUUUGCAUCUUCCGAAGCAUCUCUCUCCUCUCUCUCUCUCAAUCUCUCUCUCUCUCUCUCUCUCUCUCUCUCUCUCUCUAAACCAAUUCUCUCUGUCUUUCAGAUAGGGAAGAUAAAGCUAUACACGAAUAUUCGGAGCUUCCGUGCCACCAUUUCUUCCGAUUCAACCCUCUCAUGAGCCUCCGCCAGCGACCGCCCCCACCUUCGCGUCCGGGCCCGGCGGCGGCGGCGGGAGAUCCGGAGUCGGAGCCGUACAACAUAAUCCCGGUGCACAACCUGCUCGCGGACCACCCGUCGCUGCGGUACCCGGAGGUUCGAGCCGCGGCGGCGGCGCUGCGAGCCGUCGGGAACCUCCGUCGGCCGCCGUUCGCGCAAUGGCUCCCUCACAUGGACCUCCUCGAUUGGCUCGCACUAUUCUUCGGCUUCCAAAACGAUAACGUUCGGAACCAGAGGGAGCACCUCGUCCUCCACCUCGCCAACGCCCAGAUGCGCCUCACGCCGCCGCCGGACAACAUCGACACACUCGACGUCAGCGUCCUCCGCCGCUUCCGCAAGAAGCUGUUGAAGAACUACACCGAUUGGUGCUACUAUUUGGGGAAGAAGUCCAACAUUUGGAUCUCCGACCGCCGCGAGGCGUCGUCGGACCAGCGCCGCGAGCUCCUCUACGUCUCGCUUUAUCUCCUGAUUUGGGGUGAGUCUGCUAAUCUCCGAUUUGUUCCAGAGUGUAUUUGCUAUAUAUUUCAUAAUAUGGCCAUGGAAUUGAACAAGAUUUUGGAGGAUUACAUUGAUGAGAACACGGGGCAGCCGGUUAUGCCCUCGGUCUCCGGCGAGAACGCGUUCUUGAACUGCGUUGUAAAGCCGAUUUACGAGACGAUUAGGGCCGAGGUUGAGAGUAGUAGGAACGGGACAGCCCCGCACAGUGUGUGGAGGAAUUAUGACGAUAUAAACGAGUAUUUUUGGAGUAAAAGGUGUUUCGAUAAGUUGAAAUGGCCUGUUGAUGUUGGGAGCAAUUUCUUUGUGACUUCUAGUAGGAGUAGGCAUGUGGGUAAGACCGGGUUUGUGGAGCAGAGGUCGUUUUGGAACUUGUUUAGAAGCUUUGAUAGGCUUUGGAUCAUGCUCAUUUUGUUCCUUCAGGCGGCCAUUAUUGUUGCCUGGGAACAGGACGAGUAUCCUUGGCAUUCGCUGCGGGAUCGGGGCGUUCAGGUCCGGGUUCUCACCGUAUUCUUCACAUGGAGUGCGUUGAGGUUCUUGCAGUCGUUGCUCGACGCGGGGAUGCAGUACAGUUUGGUUUCGAGGGAGACUUUAAGGCUCGGGGUGAGGAUGGUGCUGAAGAGUGCUGUUGCUGCAGGGUGGAUUGUGGUUUUUGGGGUGUUCUAUGCGAGGAUUUGGACACAGAGGAAUAAUGAUAGGAGGUGGUCGGCCGAGGCGAAUCGGAGGGUGGUGACUUUUCUUCAGGUGGCAUUGGUUUUUGUUCUCCCGGAGAUUCUAGCACUGGCUCUUUUUAUUCUCCCCUGGAUUCGAAAUUUUAUUGAGGGUACAAAUUGGAGGAUCUUUCGCAUGAUGUCGUGGUGGUUUCAGGGCAGAAUCUUUGUUGGUCGCGGGUUGAGGGAAGGUCUUGUGGACAAUAUAAAGUACACUUUGUUUUGGAUUGUGGUGCUGGCUACAAAGUUUUGCUUCAGUUACUUCAUGCAGAUCAAACCCAUGAUUGCCCCAUCAAAAGCACUGUUGAGAAUUAAGAACUUGGAUUACGAGUGGCAUGAGUUUUUUGAAAGCAGCAAUAGAUUUUCUGUUGGGUUACUAUGGCUUCCGGUUGUUUUGAUUUACCUCAUGGAUUUGCAGAUUUGGUAUUCUAUCUAUUCCUCUUUUGUGGGGGCAGCAGUAGGGUUGUUUUCACACUUGGGCGAGAUCCGGAAUCUGCAACAAUUGAGAUUAAGGUUCCAAUUCUUUGCAAGUGCAAUUCAGUUCAAUCUCAUGCCAGAGGAGCAGCUGUUGAAUGCAAGGGGGACGCUAAGGAAUAAGUUUAAAGAUGCUAUUCACCGGUUGAAGCUGAGAUAUGGGUUUGGUCAGCCAUACAGGAAGCUCGAAUCUAAUCAGGUAGAGGCAAACAAGUUUGCUUUGAUAUGGAAUGAGAUAAUAAUGACUUUCAGGGAAGAAGAUAUUAUCUCUGACCGAGAACUUGAGUUGUUGGAGCUGCCCCAGAACUCUUGGAAUGUCAGGGUAAUUCGCUGGCCUUGUUUCCUUCUCUGCAAUGAGUUGCUGCUUGCGCUCAGCCAGGGCAAGGAGUUGGUGGAUGCUUCUGAUAAGUGGCUUUGGUAUAAGAUUUGCAAGAAUGAAUAUAGGCGUUGUGCUGUGAUAGAAGCUUAUGAUUGUACUAAGCACUUGAUUCUUCAGAUUAUCAAACGUAACAGCGAAGAGCAUUCCAUUGUCACGGUUCUAUUUCAAGAGAUUGAUCACUCUCUACAGAUUGAGAGGUUCACGAAAACUUUUAAAACGACUGCACUUCCCACACUCCACUCGAAGUUGAUCAAACUUGUUGAACUGUUGAACAAGCCUAACAAAGAUGCUAGCCAGGUGGUAAAUACUCUACAGGCCCUCUAUGAGAUUGUUAUUCGAGAUUUUUUCAGGGACAAGAGGAGCAUUGAACAGUUAAAGGAGGAGGGUUUGGCUCCUCAAAAUCUGGCUUCUACAGCAGGGCUUCUGUUUGAGAAUUCUGUUCAGUUUCCGGAUCCUGAUGAUGAAGCCUUCUAUCGGCAGGUGCGGCGCCUGCACACCAUACUCACUUCUCGGGAUUCAAUGCACAAUAUCCCGGUUAACCUUGAGGCAAGACGCAGAAUUGCUUUCUUUAGUAACUCCCUCUUUAUGAACAUGCCCCAUGCUCCCCAAGUUGAGAAAAUGAUGGCUUUCAGUGUUCUGACCCCUUACUACAGCGAAGAAGUUUUGUACAACAAAGAGCAACUCAGGACUGAGAAUGAGGAUGGGAUUUCGACCCUGUAUUAUUUGCAGACAAUUUAUAAUGAUGAGUGGAAAAAUUUUAUGGAGAGGAUGCGCCGAGAAGGAAUAGUAGAUGAUAAGGAAAUAUGGACAACGAAGUUGAGAGAUCUCAGGCUCUGGGCAUCGUACAGAGGCCAAACACUUUCACGAACUGUGAGGGGAAUGAUGUAUUACUAUCGAGCUCUUAAGAUGCUGGCAUUUCUAGACUCUGCUUCAGAGAUGGACAUUCGUGAAGGAUCACGGGAGCUUGGUUCAAUGAGGCGAGACAUCAGCCUGGACGGUUUCAACUCGGAGAGGUCUCCUUCAUCUAAGAGUUUAAGUAGAACAAACAGUUCGGUGAGUUUGUUAUUCAAAGGCCAUGAGUAUGGGACUGCUUUAAUGAAGUUUACAUAUGUGGUAGCGUGCCAGAUAUAUGGAACGCAGAAGGCAAAAAAAGACCCGCAUGCUGAGGAAAUUUUGUAUCUAAUGAAAACCAAUGAGGCUCUUCGAGUUGCCUAUGUUGAUGAGGUGUCAACUGGCAGAGACGAGAAAGAUUAUUACUCUGUUCUGGUGAAGUAUGAUCAGAAGUUAGAUAAGGAAGUGGAAAUCUACCGUGUAAAGUUGCCUGGUCCGUUGAAGCUCGGAGAGGGAAAACCAGAGAAUCAAAAUCACGCCAUUAUCUUCACUCGUGGUGACGCAGUUCAGACAAUUGAUAUGAACCAGGAUAACUACUUCGAGGAGGCCCUGAAAAUGAGGAAUCUAUUGGAAGAAUACAGGCGCUACUAUGGUGUCCGAAAACCUACAAUCUUGGGAGUCAGAGAACAUGUUUUUACUGGUUCUGUUUCAUCACUUGCUUGGUUUAUGUCGGCGCAAGAAACUAGCUUUGUCACCUUGGGUCAGCGUGUUUUGGCGAACCCUCUAAAAGUUCGAAUGCAUUAUGGCCAUCCUGAUGUGUUUGACAGGUUUUGGUUCUUCACUCGAGGUGGAUUUAGUAAAGCUUCCAGGGUGAUUAACAUUAGUGAAGACAUUUUUGCUGGCUUUAACUGCACGCUGCGUGGAGGCAAUGUUACUCACCAUGAAUAUAUUCAAGUUGGAAAGGGAAGAGAUGUAGGGUUGAACCAAAUUUCCAUGUUUGAAGCCAAGGUUGCAAGUGGAAAUGGGGAGCAAGUACUGAGCAGAGAUGUCUACAGGCUGGGUCAUAGGCUGGAUUUCUUUAGAAUGCUGUCAUUCUUUUACACUACAGUGGGAUUCUUUUUAAACACAAUGAUGGUUAUUCUGACUGUAUAUGCAUUCUUGUGGGGCCGUCUGUAUCUGGCUCUUAGUGGUAUCGAGGGUUCUGCUUUGUCGAACGAUAGCAAUAAAGCACUUAGCACAAUCUUGAAUCAGCAGUUCAUCAUCCAACUUGGUCUCUUCACUGCCCUUCCAAUGAUAGUGGAGAACUCUCUUGAGCAUGGUUUCCUGCAGGCUGUUUGGGAUUUCUUGACAAUGCAGCUCCAGCUUUCUUCUGUUUUCUACACAUUCUCGAUGGGAACUCGUACCCACUUCUUUGGCCGAACUAUUCUUCAUGGUGGUGCAAAGUAUCGUGCCACUGGACGUGGCUUUGUUGUUCAGCACAAGAGUUUUGCAGAAAAUUAUAGACUCUACGCUCGUAGUCAUUUCAUAAAAGCUAUUGAACUUGGGCUGAUACUUAUAGUUUAUGCAUCGCAUAGUGCUGUAGCCAAGGACACGUUUGUAUACAUAGCCUUGACCAUCUCUAGUUGGUUUCUUGUUGCCUCAUGGAUCAUGGCUCCCUUUGUCUUUAAUCCUUCCGGUUUCGAUUGGUUGAAGACUGUAGAUGAUUUUGAUGACUUCAUGAACUGGAUUUGGUUUCGUGGUAGUGUGUUUGCGAAAGCUGAGCAGAGCUGGGAAAGAUGGUGGUAUGAGGAGCAGGAUCAUUUGAGAACCACUGGCUUAUGGGGAAAGUUGCUGGAGGUAAUUUUGGAUCUCCGCUUUUUCUUUUUCCAAUAUGGUAUUGUGUACCAGCUUGAUAUUGCAUCUGGAAAUAAAAGCAUCAUUGUAUAUUUGUUGUCUUGGAUCUAUGUCCUGGUGGCUUUUGGAAUAUAUGUGGUGAUAGCAUAUGCUCGGGACAGAUAUGCAGCAAAAGAGCACAUAUACUACCGUCUGGUCCAGUUUCUUGUCAUUGUACUCGGGAUACUUGUGAUUAUUGCAUUGCUGAAGUUCACAAACUUCAAUUUCAUGGACAUUUUCACUAGUCUAUUGCCAUUUAUCCCCACUGGGUGGGGCAUGAUAUUGAUUUGCCAAGUACUUCGCCCGUUUCUGCAGUCUACGAUACUUUGGGAAUUGGUCGUCUCUGUGGCUCGAUUGUACGAUAUAGUAUUUGGUGUGAUUAUCUUGGUUCCUGUGGCUCUUCUAUCAUGGCUUCCUGGGUUUCAGUCUAUGCAGACUAGGAUCCUGUUCAAUGAAGCAUUCAGCAGGGGCCUCCGGAUAUUCCAGAUUGUUACGGGCAAAAAAUCUAAGGUUGACAUGUAAUGAUUUGAGGUUUGAUGUAAUCGCGAGGCGCAUGGAAACUCCAAAAGACGAAAAACAAGGCCGUUUCAAUACGCCGGAGGUUCUUGUAGGCAUGUCGGGUUUCUUCAUUGCUACCCUUCUUUUUUUUUUUUUGUAAUUUUUGGUCUCUCAUUGAUUGGGUAAUUAGAAAAAUUUUUAAUACCUAGAACAAGCUCACUUUUAAUCGGGAGGAGGAGCUCUUGAUUGACCCUUCCAUAUCCUAAAAAGAUACGUCUCCUUCGCGGUGUGUAUAAUGAGUAUAGCCAGUGUUCUGCUAGUUUAAUUCAGAUUUUGUUACUCAUUUUUUUAUUCUUUUCUCAGGACUAUAGCUGUUUGUCUACUUGUACGAAUACGUUGCUAGCUUUCAUCUUUAUCCAUGAUGCUGCAAAUUUUGCAUUGCUUCUUC